AGCUGUGAAAAUCCGCAAAAUUACUGUAUUUCAAAAUGCCAUUGAUGAAUAUUGAAUACUGAGACGUCAAACUUCUGGAAAAUGAGAGAGAUACGCUAUGGAAAAUGGAAAUACAAAAUCGUCAUUGCGAGAAUUAAUCGAGAUUGACAUGGCGCGCCAACUUGGAAAACCCAUCAAGAUAAAACGAUUCUGGACAUGGCUAAUAAUAGAUUUUUUCUUCAUACAGCUGAUUGUUGGACCGUUCACGGUUUCUGUGUGGUGUGCUGGGUGGCAACUUUACGACACAUUUUUCUUCUGGAUCGCUCGUAGCUUGCUAAGCUCUGGUAACUCUACAAACGAAAGUGAUACAUUUGAAAGUUCUCCGGAAUACAUAAUCCAGGCAAUCAUUUGCUUGGUGAUCGGUACUGUCAGUAGUAUUUUGCUUGUGGUAUUCAGCCAAAACCUAGAAGAUUUUGCUGCAAGGACCGGUAAAGAUGUAUACUUUUUAGUCUCAAGAUUGUUUUCAGUAUUAAGAUUUUUUACAACCUUGCUCUACUGGAAAGGAUCUUUUGAUCUGUUGUACUCUGUGGAUAUUUGGGAAACCUCGGUCAUAACUCUUUCCCUCGCCUUUGUUGUGCUCAAAAGCUGUGGUUGUUUUAAAACUGCUGCAGUAACACCGCCCUUAGGCGUUUUUCUAGACUCCACUAGGAAUUAUGUUCAAAUCGAUUCCUUUCUUGAAAGUAAAAGAACAGAUUCUUGGAAAAACAGAUGCCUGGACGGGUUGGUCACAACACUUUUGGAAAUAAUUGCAGCGGUCUGUACCUACGCAACUUGGACGAUCCUGGAUCAUUUGUUUGAUGUUCUGGGUUUUCCAUUCUCUGUCAUCCUGUACAAUCAUCUGAUAUCUAUUCUCCUGGCUCAUCUCCUCUCCGCUCUCAUAUUCGUUCUACAGUUCAAAUAUCUCAGGUUUCAUGCUGAGAGUACUUCUUGGUUUCUCAAGGAGAUUUUCUUUACUUUACUCCUGUUUUUGUCCCUUCUGUCUACAACAUCAUAUAUCAGAGGAUGGUGGCAUAUAUUCGGAUUAUUAUUUGUCAAUGGAUAUCCGCACUACCUUGAGUUCUUCUUCUUAUUCAUCAGUUUUGCAGGAAUACUAGCUCUAGGUAUAUCAUCAUACAACCACUCCGGUAUAUCCAGGGAGUCCAGGAGAGAGGAGGAGGGAAUACUCUUCCCGUUCUUCUACUUCUCAUACUAUCUCAGGGAGAAGCAUCAGGAGCAGGUUGAACACAAUAACAGAGUUCUGGAUUCAGUUGUAGAUGAUCUUGUUUUUUGUCUGGAACCCUUGAACAAUGCUGACAGGGAUGAUGGAAGUUCUCAAUAAAUAACUUAAUGUUCAAAUAGUUCGAAUAAAGAUUAGUAUACGAUA